UUACCUCAGUUCCCAUUGAGAACUGGUUCGACUCAGGAAUCAGUAGAGAUGGCUGGAAAUUUUGGCUUUGAUCCUCACCUACUGCUUGUCGGGAAGGUACAUCUUGACAUUGAUCGCCUUCCAAGAGUUUGCAAUCUUCAAAACUCUUAGACAUACAAUUUCCAAUUUAAUCUGAUUCAAGUUCCUGUACUUUCUAAAUUUGACAUGAAUCUCAAGCUUUCAUGUGAAGAAUAUCCCAAAAUUUGCUCUGGUGUAUGAGCUUUUCUUCCAUUGUCACUUGCCAUUUUCCUGUCAAAGUGGUUCGAAAGAUUUGCAAGUGUUUUCUCUGUGUAUAGACCUCGGAAAUUGCAGCCUUGAUCAUCAACCAAAUCAUUAAAAUUCAAUACCAACAAAACCAAAAUGUUUAACCUUGAUCAGAUGAUGCAUAACCUUUCCAUUGGGGUGGUUUCUCUGUUCUUGCUGUUGGUUUUGUUUUUCCUACUGCUUCUUAAAACAAAGACACACAACAAGAAACUUCCUCCAGGCCCUCCAAAGCUUCCUCUGUUGGGUCACUUGCACCUUAUUGGGUCCCUCCCCCAUCGCUCAUUGUGGAAACUUUCAAGAAAAUAUGGCCCCAUUAUGCUCCUAAAACUCGUUUCUGUUCCAACCCUCGUAAUCUCCUCUGCGGAAGCUGCCAGAGAGGUGUUACAAGUGCAUGAUCUUGCUUGUUGCAGUCGACCUCUCUUAGCCGCUAGUGCGAGAUUUUCAUACAACUUCUUAGACAUAGGUUUAUCUCCAUAUAGUGAUCAUUGGAAGGAAGUUCGGAAGAUUUGCGUUCUUGAGCUCUUCAACGCUCGGCGAGUGCAGUCGUUUCACUUAAUCAGAGAAGAAGAAGUGGCUCUGCUGUUAAAGUCAAUCGCUCAAUCUUCAUCUCUUGCAAUGCCAGUUGAUCUGAGUGAGGAAUCAUAUACUCUCACUGCAAAUAUAAUAACACGGAUAGCUUUUGGGAAGAGGUUUAGAGGGGGUGGACUAGAUAAUGGAAAUUUCCAGCGGCUUAUCCGUAGAGCAAUAGCAGCAUUAGGAAGUUUCUCCAUGACUGACUUCUUUCCUUGUGUGGGUUGGAUUAUUGAUCGACUCAGUGGCGUUAAUGGGAGGCUGGAGAAGAGCUUUGCUGAGCUGGAUGCUUUUUUCCAACAAGUAGUCGAAGGGGCUUCUCAGAAUGAACAAAAUAUUGUUGAUGUUUUAUUGGAAAUGGAGAGAGAUCACUCUGAACUCGAUGAUGCCUUAAAACUAACUACAGAUUGCAUCAAGGCAAUUAUCAUGGAUAUAUUUAUAGCGGGAGUGAACCCUGGAGCAGUCACCAUUAUUUGGGUAAUGGCAGAGCUAGUUAAGCAUCCACGGGUAAUGAAGAAGCUACAAGAUGAGAUCAGAAGCUGCAUAAAAGAAGAUCUAGUGAAGGAGAGCCACCUUGAGAAACUUCAAUAUCUAAAAAUGGUGGUGAAAGAGGUUCUAAGGUUACAUCCGCCUGCCUCACUUCUACUCCCAAGAGAAACCAUUUCUCAUUUUAAGCUCAAGGGUUACGAUAUUGAUCCCAAAACUCAUCUUCAUGUCAAUGUAUGGGCAAUCGGGCGAGAUCCAAAUUAUUGGACUCGUCCAGAAGAAUUCUUACCUGAAAGAUUUGUAGGAAAUAAUAUUGAUUACAAAGGACAGAAUUUCGAGUUAGUACCAUUUGGAGCUGGUCGAAGAAUUUGUCCUGGUAUGAACAUGGGGAUUGUUACGAUGGAGCUGGCAUUGGCUAAUCUAUUGCUAAAAUUUAAUUGGAAAUUGCCAGAUGGGAUUAAAGAAGAAGAUUUGGACAUGGAAGAAGAUGCUGGUCUAACCGUUGCAAAGAAAUCACCUCUAAAACUUAUUCCAAUUUCCUAUUGACCUUAGCUUCGCUCAUGAAUAAACUUUUGUUGCUGUACAAAUUGAAGUAUUGUAAAUUACAAAUUUAGUCAACAGAGCUUUUAUAGUUUAAAAAACAAAAACAAAAACAAAACUAUGAAUUUAUUAAGUUUUUAAACAUUAUAAAGUUUCGAUGAUGUCUCUAUUUUUCUAAAAACAAAAA